UUGAGUUAGUGGGAAUUCCCUUUAAAAACAAUUCAAAGGUGCGCAGAGAAAUUUUAUCACUUUCAGCUUAUGGUAUCUCACAAUAGCAAGUACACGGUUGUCGGAAUAUAAACCGAUUCACGGAUGUUCGUUGAUAAUACAUUGUGCAGCCAUGUUCUAGAUGAGUAAAAAAAACAUGGAUGAUACAAUAGAGUGUGGUAGAUGUCAUAACAUAGUGGACAAACGGCUGGAGGCAGCUUUUUGUCCAAAGUGCGGUGCCAGUCUGCUCAAAAAACCUAAAUUACAUGGCAGCUCAGAUGAUCCAAGUUUAUCAGUGCUUGAUGGUGUUCAGGAUUCCCUUACAUCAAAUCUACAUGUAGGAGGUGGUGAUGGUCAUGUUAGCACUAGCAGUGAAGUAAAUGUUUCCCAGCAACCAACCUAUAAUGCUGAAUCUGAACCACAAUCUUUGCCAACUAACUUGUCAUCGCCCAAUCUAUCUCAACAACAAUUUGCUUCAUCGCCAAUUCAUAUGAUGUCACAAUUCAUGCAGCAGAUGACCACAGAACAAAAGGAAUGGAUGCUCAUGCAGAUGAUGCAACAGUUUGCUAUGCUUCAAGGUGUUCCAGGAAUGCCACAAUCGCAGUCUGGCAUGUAUCAUAGUAUGCCUGUCUACCAAGGGAUACCCAUGCAAGGCAGUGCAGUACCAAUACCUCCAGGAAUGUAUCCUCCAGUGCAGCAUCAGACCCAUAUGCAAGUACCAUUACAUCAACAACCAGGACGUUCUGCAGCAUAUCAGUCAUUACAGGACCAAUCUCUGCCAGUCAAUCAGGAUGCCUCCAAAGAGAUGCAAGUACCACCUCCCUCUAUUCAACAACAGCCAAUUAUUGUACCACCUGGUCAGAAUCAACAACAGGUCAAGCCAAAUGCAGCACCUGCAGAAGCUGAUAAAACAAGGACCUUAGAGUCUGACACACAACCUAUGCAUCAAUCUGAGACACAGUUGCUGCUUUCACAUCAACAUACAGAACAUCCAGCCAGAGUUGAGAACAUGAACGAGACUCCUGCUGAACACCCAGCCACAACUGGGAACACCAACCAGGCUUCUGCUGAGCACCCAGCCAGAGUCAAGGACCAGAUUACAUCAGGAAAACACCCAGCUGCAGUUGAGGACACAAAUCAGGCUUCAGCAGACCAUCAACAUGAAGAACUCCCUGUCACAUUUGACAACACAGAACGGGCUUCAUCCAAAGAACACCCAGCCACAGUUGAAGAUACUGGCCAGGCUCAAGCAGAAUCCUCUUCCACAGCUGAGAACACAAACCAGGCUCUUGCAGAACCCUCUUCCACAGCUGAGAACACAAACCAGGCUCAAGCAGAAACCUCUUCCACAGCUGAGAACACAAACCAGGCUCUUGCAGAAUCGUCUUCUACAGCUGAGAACACAAACCAGGCUCAAGCAGAAUCCUCUUCCACAGCUGAGAACACAAAUCAGGCUCAAGCAGAAUCCUCUUCCACAGCUGAGAACACAAACCAGGCUCAAGCAGAAACCUCUUCCACAGCUGAGAACACAAACCAGGCUCUUGCAGAACCCUCUUCCACAGCUGAGAACACAAACCAGGCUCUUGCAGAAUUGUCUUCUACAGCUGAGAACACAAACCAGGCCCAAGCAGAAUCCUCUUCUACAGCUGAGAACACAAACCAGGCCCAAGCAGAAGCAUCGUCUGCAGCUGAGAACACAAACCAGGCUCCUGCAGAACCAUCUUCUACAGUUGAGAACACAAAUCAGGCUCAAGCAGAAUCCUCUUCCACAGCUGAGAACACAAACCAGGCCCAAUCAGAACCAUCUUCUGCAGCUGAGAACACAAACCCGGCUCCUGCAGAACCAUCUUCUACAGUUGAGAAUGCAAACCAGGCUCCAAAUACAGAGCUGUUAGAUGUUAGUCAGCAACAACAACUGGUGAGCAAAGCAAUUCAGGAAAAGACUUCAGCACAGCCUGAUGUGACCCAUCAAGUUUCAACAGCUACAGAAAUGCAAGGUGCAGAAAUACCAACUCAUGUAGUGGGAACACAAGCUAAAGAUGGCUUAACUCCAAACCAAGUACCAACAUCUGAUUUAGGCAGCAAAGUACAGAAACCAAAUAGUGCAGCAAGGAGUCCAGAAAAUAAUGAAACACCUGUGUCUAAGACAGGGCAGGAGAGUUCAGGAGAUACAAAGCAGGAUUCACUGCAAGAAGUAUCCACAAUAAGAGAGGCUGUGGAGGUGGAAAACGAGUCUAAACAGAAAUCAUGUCCUGAACAAAAGACAAUGACGACAACACCACAGCAAGAAAUCAUGGAUCCUUUGCUGUUACAACCUUCUAAGAAAUUAUCAGGUAUGUUCAACUGGAAAUUGGCAUGUUCAUCAUGUAUAUUCAGACAUGGGACAAACACAAAUGACUACACAGUUGAUUCAAAAAAAGUUUCCAACAAUCAUGCUAAGAACAGCUGUAAAAAGACAAUACUUUGCUGUCGCUUCAAUGAUGGCAAGGAGGAUCCUUGGAGAAUUGUUCGUAAACGACCUGAAACGAUUAGAGUGCGUUUGUGUCCAGAAGCAUCGUCAGGAAAACUCUGUGAGAACCCCGGAACAUGUCCUUUUGCCUACUGUACUGAGGAGCACAAUUUUUGGGUAUCUGAAGCAUAUAAACAAUUUGAAAGAGCGAAAUACCCAUCUCUGGAUGAUGUUGAAGCGGUCAUGAUAUUUCAACCAAAUAAAAGUACAACAGAGGGAAGUUCCACAGAACAGAAAACUGAGAAAUUGAAAUCUGAUGCCAAUUCUCAAACUAAAACCAAAGUGUCAUCAUUUAGAGUGGAGGCAAAUCUGGAGGUUGGGAAUACAGAAUCUAAUGAGGACAACAACAAAGUGGAUGAUGCUAUGGAUGUUGAUGCAGUAGACUCUGGAAAAGAUUCUGAUGAGUCACUGCAAUCUGGGGUUGGAAAUGGUGAGAAGUUGGCUCUACCAACACCUAAGAGUGAGAACAAGCAGAAUGGUAUCUCAACAAAAUCAAGUGAUAAUCCAAUGGAUGGUGAUGAUAAUUCUGGAAAGAAUAAUCAGGGAGUGGAUGUUGGUACUUGGUACAAAAAGGAUGAAACUACCGUUACUGAUGAACAAAACAAAACAAAAGGGAAAAAAGGAAAACAGAGGAACAAGAAAAAUGAUCAAAAAAAAGAUAAAGACAAAGAAGAUAAAAAAGGCCCUGGUGCAAGUAAUGUUAAUGUAGCUCAACCAGCUGCCUUUUCACAGACUGAAGAAGAAACAAUGCAGGUUAAUUUCUUUGUUUGGGUUUCCCCUGACUUUGGAUAUGACCCAUCAAAGCAUACAGUUAUAAUCAAAAGUGGUCUGUUCGCAUUUGGAGGAUGGGAGUACAGCAAACCAUGUGUGACUAUGAAACCAACAGGUGUUGAAGUGAAUGGUUUGAUUCAGGUUAUGGGUUCUUUAAUCACUCCACCUAGGCAUCUCAAAUAUAUAGAUAUGGAUUAUAAAUAUGUAGUUUUAAAGAAAGGAUUAUAUAAUUGGGAGUUCAUUCCUGAUGAUUCACCUUACAAGAAUAGAUGGAUGAAAAUACAAAAAGACUACUAUGUACCUGGAGGCAUUUGGAACCGAUAUGAUGAUGUGAUCUACCCGAAACCAGACAUGUGGAACAAGAUCAAGAGUACGUUAUGGGACAAGUUUAGAAAACAAGCAUUGAAAAAUAAGAUUAUUGUCACAAAAAAGAUGCUGCCUACUUUAGAGGAAUUCAGUAUUGGGAAAAAGAACAAGAAUUUGGGAAUGGAUACUAUACAACAAGUGAAACAAGUUUUCAUGUCUGUUGAUGAAAACUGGAACCCAGGGUUUGAUUCCAAAAGGUUUAUGUUAGAAUAUCUAGAACCUGUGUUUAAGUCAUAUAGGACCACAAAGGUCACCGAUGGACGCCUAGUGUCUGCUUUGUCAGUUCUCUAUCUCUUGCGUCAUUUGGAUAUGAUGCAACAAUUGAAAUAUUGUCAAGUCGGGGAUUUAUUUGAAGGUCUACUCAUUCAACCUGAUUUGGAAAAGAAGACGAUACCAUCAAUUGAUGAAAUGCAUCAACAUUUCCCACAGAAAGAGGACAAAAGUUAUCUGGUAGCUGCAAUGGAACAUUUUUGUAAUCAUACCUUUCAAGAUGCCGAUAGCUUGGAUCCAAGAUUCCUCUUGUGCACUCCAGUUUUACACUAUCUGAGAGAAAAUUCAGUUCCUUUCAAACCAGUUUCAGAUGAAGGAGACCCACUCCUGAUGAGCUGGUGGGGAGCUAACCAAUUGAAACUUGGAGACUUUAGAGACAGAGUAAAAAAUAAAUAUGAAAUGCUGCCCUUAGUGCGACGGUUAGCUCCAAUAUUUGAAGCAGAUCAAAUGCUUUUGAGAACAUGUCUUCUAUCUAUUCCCUUAAAUGAAAUCAAUAAUGUGGUAAAGAGUGGUCUCAUUCCUACCUAUGCCGUAUGCUAUAGACUUGUGGUUAUUGUUGCAAGCUUAGCUAAGUACGACAUCAGCAGUAUAUGGAGGGAGCUUUGGAAUCAAGUGUUCAGUGUUGAGUUCCGUGAUGAGACUCUUGAUGUGCUGUGGAGAGACGGCUUUUCAUCCAAUCUUCAAAAAGUGAGGUUGUUCUGUCGUGAAGAUAUCCCAGGUUUGCACUCAACAAUACAGGAAGUUCUCAGUGAAGCUGCAUUUUCUGCUGUUGCUGAAAUAUGUAAACAUAAGGAACAGUCUCAGGAUUUGUUCAACACAGUUUAUGAUGCCAGAGAGUCUCGCAAUCUUCUAUCACGACUUUUGGAACAGUCCUGGCCAGAGCCGCAGCAGGGACGGAAAGACGUCACAGAUUAUCAGAUCCUCCAGCAUCUGUUGACUUGGACUCCUUUUGUGGGAUUUUUUCGUAUGACAGGUUCUCAACAAGGUCAUGGCAAUAUAUUGUCAGAGCUAGCUCAAGGAUACGUUGCUGUAGCUAAGUCCAUGCUGGACAGCAUUCUAGAAAGCAUCUUGCGUGGACAGAUUAGAAUCUUUUACCUCAAUGUGCUUUUAGAAAACAACAAUCAUUUUGUUGAGUUAUGUAAAACCAUAGUCAUCAAAACUGAUUUGCAGAAGGAAAGAGGUGCAGCAACCAAUAUGCAACCAUCCACACAGGACAUCAUUAAAAUUCUGGGUCGACGUGCAAAAGAACUUAAAGCAUUUGAAACUGAAAGGAAACAAAUUAGUUGUUUUCUUGGGAUUUGUGAGACAAUACAACCAGUGAACCUUCAAGCAUUGCAAGCCAAGCUUGACUCUGAUGUUGAUGGUUUGAUGCUGACUGACAUCUGCGAGCCGAUUACCCUCUCCCGUGAUAGCAACAAACCAACAAUCACGUACUUCAACAUCUCUCCUGUUGUCAAGCAGAUGCUGCCCCCAUUAGAAAACAUACACAGUAGCGUACUCUUCCAAGAUCUCUGGCAAGCAAAGGCUAGAAUUGUUCAUAAAGAGAAAUCCAAAGAUACUGGAGAUGAUGUGUUGACCGUUGACGAUGUCGCUAAUAAGGUUUGGAAGAAGGUUUUCGGACAUAUCAGUGAGAUUAUUUCCAAACUGCAAGAUGGCAGCCUCAUUCUUAAAGAAGUUGAUGAAUUUUUCGGCCGGUUUGAAAAUGAAUAUGAUCAGCUGGAAAAUGAGUUGAAGUUGCUUCUCGGACCGAGACCAUGUGAUUGGUUAAAGCGACGCAUACAACAGAUAAUCCACUACCAUCAACUAGAACAACGUCUUGAAGCAGUAGAGAUAGUGCAGGAUGUGAAGAAAACAUUCAACUUAACUGGAAACUUUACUGCCAUCAGUGUAUUGUCCUCUGUGAGAAAUGCUGACUUCAAAGACAGAAAAUUGGAAUCUAUUGAUGAUGAUGUAGUGAAUGCUGGGAAAUCGUUAGCUGCCAUGAGUCGUGAAAGAAUACUUUGCUUGCAACAACUGGUAUUACGCAAAGAUUUCAUUGAGUGGUUACGAAAAGAAAUCACAAGCAUACAGCAGUUGAAAGUCUUUGUGGAUUUAGCUAUGAUAUCAGCUGGUGAAACUGACAUGGAGGUAGACAGAGUGAAAUGUCUUCACCAAGCCACAACAGGAUUUUCAUCCUUCAUAUUUGACUUGAAACCAGAUGCAGGAUUUCAUCAAUUAAUGAAAGCAUGUGAGUCAUUGUGGAAUGCACUGAGAAAUGAUAAAGAUCUACCUAAGAAGCUUAAAGACAUCAGUCAUCAUCUGGAAUGGUUGAAAGGAGUGAAGGAGUCUCAUGGAUCGGUUGAAACAUCAUCUCUUAGCCAGGCAGAGGCCAUCAACACAAAAGGAAUAUAUACAGUGGGAAACAUAGAUUACAAUGCUAAGGAUACUCCUGAGUCUGUGAUUAGAUUGUUAGUCCAGGGUGAUGAUUCAUUAAUGGAAGAUGAAGAUGAUGAGGAUGAAGCUGCCAGUAAAGAUAAGAAUUACAAUCUCGAUAUGCUGAAAGAUUUACAGAGUAAACUGAUGUUGGUUGCUGGGAAAGCUGAGCAAGGAAGGGAUGAAGUGGAAAGAUUUACUGAGAAAGACAUCAGUCAUCAUCUGGAAUGGUUGAAAGGAGUGAAGGAGUCUCAUGGAUCGGUUGAAACAUCAUCUCUUAGCCAGGCAGAGGCCAUCAACACAAAAGGAAUAUAUACAGUGGGAAACAUAGAUUACAAUGCCAAGCAUGAUCCUGUCUUCAUAUGUCUGUACUGGGUAUAUCUACACAAAGCUGGGUGCAGUAUGGCUCAUGAUGAGACAUAUUAUUUUGUACUAGAUGAGGAUGAAGCUGCCAGUAAAGAUAAGAAUUACAAUCUCGAUAUGCUGAAAGAUUUGCAGAGUAAACUGAUGUUGGUUGCUGGGAAAGCUGAACAAGGAAGGGAUGAAGUGGAAAGAUUUACUGAGAUUCUUUCUGGUGUUAUUCGAUUGGCCACUGCCUACUUAAAGCUUUGUGCAGCAGGAAAUGUUCUUUUUUCUGAAUGGAAAGCCAUUGUGUAUUGUAAGUACAAGAAAAAAGUAUCUGUCAUGGUUCGAUUUGGUAUUGAUGGCUCACAUGACUUGAAGGGAACAAGAGAAGUGACAACUGAACUAGACAAAUUGUGUAGUUUUAUGGAAAACUGUCUUAAAGAGUGGCUGGAAUAUGUGGAGGAGAAACGAUCUGAGAUAUAUCAUCUGAAUUACUUCACAACUGAACAGCUUGUGAUUCUAAGGCGUGAGUUGGCUAAGCUGAUGUCAAAUGAAAAAGAAAUGGCUGCAGGUGUGUAUACUUUGUUGGCUAGUUUAAAGGACAGUUGUACUGAAUCAGAUGUGAAAGAAGCUCUGAAUGCUGCAUUCAUGGAAGUUGGUUCUCAAAAUAAUCAGGAAGAAAUGGAAAUGGAACCCAUAGAAGUUAAUGCUUCUAUGGAGACACCUGAGCUGGAAAAGAUGAUGGACAUGCCGGAGGAAUCUGGGGUAGAUCUGGAGAAGGUUAAGAAGUUUUUGCAAGAAUUGGUAGAUGAAGGCUUAUCAGAAGUUCAAGCCAAAGCAGCAAUGCAAGCAUGUGAUCCAGCAGUUGAUAUUGAUGAUGUAAUGGCCUGGUAUUAUCAAAACAUGCAAGAUGAAGAACUGAUGGCAAGGUUAUGCAAAGAAUGGGAAGAUGAUAUGGAAAUGAAGUUGUUUGGGGAUGGGCUGGACGACUCCACACCAGCAGCAGAGAGAACAGUUUCUACCAUGACUAAUGUACAAACACUAAGCGUAACUAUAACUCGUGGGGAAAAAGUCAGUUCUCUCAGUAAAAUUACAAGCUCGUUGUUAACUGGAAUAGGACAAUCUAAAGGUGAUCUAAUUGAAAAACUGCAACAACUUUGGAAAGAUUACCAGAUUUCACUGACAGCCAUAAGCUUUGAUGAUUAUCUGAGUUUGGAGCAUCUUGGUCAUACAUUACAAUAUCUUGCUACUAAAGAUCUUGUUCAACUGAGUAGACUUUUUCCAAAAUAUUUGAAUACAGGAAAACCAAAUCUUGUGGUAAGACCAAAAGAUGAAAUUUUAAGAGAUGUGCUUUCUAUAUAUAUGGCUGAUAAAGAUAAACCAUUGCCUUCUUAUGAUGAAGUCUUGAUAUGUACACCACAAACCACUCUGGAACAAGUUGUGUUACUAUGGCGACGUGCUAUGUUUGACAAAUCUGGUAAAAUUUACUGUUUGGUGAAUGCUGAUCAGUUGGACUAUGAUAUCAGUACAACUGCUGAGGUACAUUCAGGACAAAUUCCUGUUGGCAGUGAGCAUGUAAUCAGUUCAGUUCUCGCAGCAUCACAGAGAUUCAUGAGAGAAACUGAGAGUGAAUGCAGUUUUGUGAGUUUACGUGAUGUUGAAAGAGCUAUGAAUGUAUUGGUUUGGUUCUAUAAGCACAAGAAGGUUGCAGAACUACUCAGAGACCAAUUUUAUAAAGACCUUGAAGAGUAUGAAGAUGAGGAUGAAGAAGAAGGAUGA